GGGGAAUUGAUGUUAACUGUGUAAUCUGCUUUACCGACGCGGACUCAACUUCCUUCCAAAAUUGAGCCAUGGCGCCCGUUGCACCCAAAAAGGAUGUCAAGAAAGGCAAGAAAGAGGCCAAAGAUGCUUCUAAAAAUGUUAUGAGGGAUCUGCACAUCCGCAAAUUGUGCUUAAAUAUCUGUGUUGGUGAAUCUGGUGAUAGAUUGACCCGUGCUGCUAAGGUACUCGAACAGUUGACUGGCCAACAGCCUGUGUUCUCUAAAGCCAGAUACACUGUACGUUCCUUUGGUAUCCGUCGUAAUGAAAAAAUCGCCGUACAUUGCACGGUACGUGGAGCUAAAGCCGAGGAAAUCUUGGAAAGAGGCUUGAAAGUCAGGGAAUACGAGUUGAGACGUGAUAACUUCUCUGCAUCUGGCAACUUCGGUUUCGGUAUCCAAGAACACAUUGAUUUGGGCAUCAAAUACGACCCAAGCAUUGGUAUCUACGGUUUGGACUUUUACGUUGUGUUAGGUCGCCCAGGUUUCAACGUUGCCCACAGACGCAGAAAGCAAGGUAAAGUAGGCUUCCAGCACAGGCUGCACAAAGAAGACGCAAUGAAAUGGUUCCAACAGAAAUACGACGGUAUAAUCCUAGCAAGUAAAAAAGUAUAAAUUGUUGGUUUAACGUACCUUAAAAUAUGUUUUUCCAAAUAAAAUUUAUAAAAAAAUCCUAAAAA